UAAGCCGCUGCAGAACAUGAGGAAGUCAUUGUCCACCGAAAAAGACAGCCGUGUUCCGACAACACGAGUAAGCCAGAGUAAGACAAAGCUUUGAGUUGAGGGAGAUUAAAUUAAACCCCAAAAUGCUUGGGAUUCCAUGCGGGAAAACGUUCUCUCCUAUUGAUCAAUGCUGCCUUGCUCUAUGCCUCCAUCUAGCAGGACAUUCCAUUGUUUUUUUCGUGCUUCUACCUAGCUAACAUUAAUUUUUAAUUGUACGACAACGUUGGAAACACGUUCAUUCCUAUGUAUCAUAAUUAACAAGGAAACUUUGGAAAAAUAAGAAUAAUAUAUAACAAACCUGGACCACCAUUGAAUCUUUGUCUAGCUUCCUCACACACAGUUUGUGUAGAGUUUGGUGAAAUUAUGGGUCCAGGCUACUUGCAACCCGAACUCUAUGGUGAAGAUCAUAAUGAUGAAUCCCAGGUCCUCGACCUGAACCAUUCGACGCUGGAGCGUUACUCAGAUUCAUCCACAGCCCACCUAGAGAGCAUCCACGACUCUGCAUUGCAGACCUUCUCGGAUGAGACAAGAGAUUGCAAGAGGUUGAAGGUAGAACCGUCCGUUGGAGAAUCCAUAGAGAGUCAUGAAAUUGGGUAUCAUGGUUGCGGAGGUAUGAGGACUAAUAGCUUUAACAGCUUGCCUAAGCUUCAGUUCAGGGAUCAUAUAUGGGCAUACAGCCAGAGGUACUUGGCGGUUGAGGCCAUGGCAGAAGCAGCAGCAGCCAUCAUGCGAGGUGACCAAAGUGAGACGGGGGAGGAGGUAAAUGGAGACGCGAUGAAACUGGUCCAGCAACUCAUUGCUUGUGCGGAGGCUGUGGCUUGUCGCGACAAGCCACACGCCUCUGCAUUGCUUUCGGAGCUCAGUUCUAAAUCUCUGGUGUUCGGAACGUCAUUUCAGCGAGUUGCAUCUUGCUUUGUGCAAGGCCUUGCUGACCGCCUGGCAUUGGUUCAACCACUAGGGGCCGUUGGAGUUGUUGGCCAAAGCGCAAGGGAGAUGGUGAUGACGAACGAGAGAGAAGAGGCUCUUUGCCUCGUCUAUGAGAUUUGCCCAUAUAUCCAAUUCAGUCACUUCAUUGCGAAUGAAUCGAUCUUGGAAGCCUUUGAGGGAGAGAGUUCAAUACAUGUGGUGGACCUAGGCAUGACCCAAGGCCUGCCUCACGGCCACCAGUGGCGCAACCUAAUAAGCAGCCUAGCGAAACGGCCAGGCUCAUCAUCUUGCCACCUCAAGAUUACUGGUGUUGGGAAUUGCAAAGAGGGCCUCCAAAUGAUUGGGGACGAGCUAAAACACUACGCAAAAGGCUUGGGAGUGAAUUUCGAGUUUUUUAUGGUCCAAAGCAACUUGGAAAACCUCCAAGCAGGGGACUUCAGUCUCCUAGAAGGCGAAGUCCUAGUAAUAAACAGCAUCCUCCAACUGCACUGUGUGGUGAAAGAAAGCCAAGGAGCGCUGAACUCUGUCCUGCAAAUUCUGCACAAGCUUUCGCCGAAGCUCCUGGUCCUAGUUGAGCAAGACUCAAGCCACAACGGGCCAUUCUUCCUAGGGAGGUUCAUGGAGGCGCUGCAUUAUUACUCUGCCAUCUUCGAUGCCUUAGACGCCAUGCUUCCCAAGUACGACACCAGGAGGGCCAAAAUGGAGCAGUUCUUCUUCGCUGAAGAAAUCAAGAACAUCGUGAGCUGCGAGGGGCCCGCGAGGGUCGAGAGGCACGAGAGGAUCGACCAAUGGUGCAGGAGGAUGAGCCGAGCCGGGUUCCAGUCUGUGCCCAUCAAAAUGCUAACGCAGGCCAAGCAAUGGCUUGCAAAGUUCAAGGUCUGCGAAGGUUACACUAUAGUGGAAGAGAAGGAGUGCUUGGUUCUUGGUUGGAACGCAAAGCCCAUCAUUGCAGCUUCCUGUUGGAAAUGCUCCUAAAGCCUAAGUGUUGCUUUAACUGGUUGACUUCACAACUUAUUAAGCAAUAUAUUUGAUUUGUACAACAAGUUCAUGUACUAUUCUUGAUAGUAUUUGUAGCAAUAUGGGAGCAUAAGCAAAACCAAAAACAUGGCCCUAUCCAGAAUAAGCUGAUUACUCAAUCAGUUUCUACACUGAUGAGCAAAUAUUUGACUCUGUAUUGAAAUCUGCUCUUGCACAUGAGAUGAUGAGUCUCCUGAUGUAAUGAUUUUAAUCCAUUUCUUGUUGUGUUGCUUUUAUCAUAGAUGAAAAAAAUCAGAGGUGGAAUUGAGCUAAGCUUCGGCAAUUAAAAGACAUUGAAUUUCUUGUCAUGAGUCAACAAUUUAAAAAGGUUUUG